AGAGAGGGUCUGGAAAACCCUCGCCCCUAUAUUUUCCUUUAUUUCUAUUUUGCCCUAAAAUUUUCCUUCGUCUUUCUUCCGGCCGAUGGCGGUGUAGUUUUCCGAUGGAUUCUCUUCGGAGAUAGUCCGCCGCAAUCUAAUCCCAAAAUUCUAAUUUUUUCCGUCAUUACACAUACAUGGCAUCAGCCGUUUUGGCGAGUCAGAAUGAAGGCUAUUGGGGUGAAAGAAAUGUUUACAUGAAGAAAUAUAAUAGUACUACACCUCCUCUCGCCACCCAGUUGAAUCCAAACCAUAUUAUCAAUCCGAUUCUCACCCCAAUUCCAAACCCCAAGCCUAACUCUAGUUUCAGACAGAUCCAUGAAGCCUCACCUAAACCUCAUGUCCGACAUACCAAUGAUCCAUCUACGAGGCCUGUUACGCCGCCGGCUUCGUCAGAUAAACAACAGCCAGCGUACGCAUAUAAGCCCAUUUCUGUCCAUGGCGAGUAUAUGAUGUAUAAUCUGAAUAUGUUUUCUAGAAGAGAGAAGAAAGAGCUCAAAAAGCGCUUGUUCUCGGAUCUAGAUCGGGUCAGGAGCCUUUUGAACCAGAUUGAGUCUCGAGACCAUGGGGUUCGUCCCAGUAUCCCGUUUUGGCCAACUAUGGUUCAACCAAAUUCCCUUGCGGUGGAGGCUCUGAGUCAGAAGCAGACAAUGAAAGUCACAGGGAAGAACAGUGGGAAGAAAAAUUUGGGGAAAAAGCGAGGAGCAGGGGCACACUCAUUUCCCUAUGACAGAAAGCCAAAGCGGCCUUCCGUGGUUUCUAACUUAUCAGUGAACAAGGUUCAUAGUAGCAUGAUGAAGAGGUGUCGUCAGAUUUUGACGAAAUUGAUGAAGCACAGACAUGGCUGGGUUUUCAACACUCCUGUUGACGUCAAGGGUUUAGGGCUCCACGAUUACUAUCUAAUUAUCAAGAGUCCGAUGGACCUUGGUACUGUGAAAUUUCGGGUGGAAAAGAAUGUGUAUGAAAGCCCGAUGGAUUUUGCAGCUGAUGUGAGGCAGACGUUCAACAAUGCUAUGAUCUACAAUCCUAAAGGCCAAGAUGUGCACAUCAUGGCAGUGACUUUACUCAACCUGUUUGAAGAGAUGUUUAACCAAGCGUGUAAGAAGUAUGAGGCGGAACAGAGGAAGAUCAGUGUUGCUGCAGCAGAGCAAUUGAAUCAUCAAAAAAAAUUUCCUGAAUUAGAACAUCUUUCGUUACACAGACGUUCGGAUGAAUCAAUAUUGAUGGCUAAAACAUCUGAUAUAAUGCGGCCACAAUUGAAAUUGCAGAUUCCAUCUCAAGUGCAGAAUGUUAAGUCCCCUGUUUCGGUGCCUCCUCCUCUGCAACCAAUCGCUAGGUCAGGGAAGUUGCCGAAGCCAAAAGCAAAGGAUCCCUACAAGAGGGAUAUGACUUCUGAGGAGAAGCAAAAAUUGGGGGCUUUGUUGCAGGAGUUGCCUUCUGAGAAAUUGGGUCAAAUGAUUGAAAUUGUAAAAAGGAGGACUUCAAAUUUGCUACAGGAGGGAGAUGAGAUUGAGGUUGAUAUUGAAAUUCUAGACAAUGAAACAUUGUGGGAACUUGAUAGAUUUGUAGGAUAUCACAAGAAAGCUGUAAGCAAGUUUCAGAGGCAAAUGCUUUUCCAAGAGGCAACUCCUGCAGAACAGAUCCUUGCCCAGCAUUCGCCAAGAGAUGAGCCUGUGGAGAUUGAGGGGCAACAGAUGAAGAAAGAUGAUGUGGUUGGGGAGGAGGAUGUUGAUAUAGGAGAGGAGAUUCCUGUAAAUAAUUUCCCCCCUGUGGAGAUUGAGAGGGAUGCUGUUGGUGCUGGUAAUGAAUCAAGCGGUUCUAGUAGCUCCAGUUCUGGCAGUGAUUCCUCCUCUUCCAGUGAUUCAGAUUCCGAGAGUUCUACCGGCAGUGAUUCUGAUGAGGAUAGUGUACAAUCACCUUUUGUUGUAGACAAAGAUAACCCGUGCUAAGCGAGGAAAGAGCUGGAAGUGUUUGCAGAUAUUUGUGUGUGGUUUUGAUUUCUUCUGGAUGAUGAUGAAGAGUUAACGUGGAUGGUUGAUUUCUUGUGGUGCUCAUGGGGUUUCUUUGCCUUGUUUCUGUUUGUUAGAAGAGAAGCUAUGUGGUUCUUGGUUUGUAUUUUGAUUGUUGCAGAUAUGGAAGUGUAAAGAGAAUGACAAGCAUUAGAGUAGUGUAGUGAGGUAAAAUCUGAAGAAUUUUUGUUAUAAACAGAUGUCUUCUAAUAUUAGGGUGCUAGAUGGAUGGUAAAUUGCAGGGAGUUAGGUUUUGGUACCAUUUUAAGCGUUGUAUACAGAAAAUCAGCUCAAGAUUUUCAAAGUAGAAGUAGAACAGCAGUAAAAAUGUACAGUAUAGUCAGUUGUGGGAAAUGCAAGGGAAAUUCUGAUGUCUCUUUGGACUCGAUGAA